AAAUUUAAGAAAAUAUAACUUCGUUUCUGGGCUUCCUCUGGUAGUUCCAGUCUUCCCGUGAUUCCAGGAAACACAAGCGGAAAUCUAAGCGGAAGCGAUGGAAGAACCAUGCUGUUCAGAAGAGCAUUAACUCAGAUCUCACCUCAGAACUUUUCACCAGAUUCAAAAACAAAAUGCUUGCAGCUAAGAUUGAGCACUGAAUUUCCGAGUAUAUUGGAAGAAAUAAAACAAAAACAUACCUUGAUAUUCCAACUCUAUGGGGAGCCAGGGAGCGGCUGUUCAACCUUGGUUCAAGGACUUUGUCAACACCUUUGUGAGAUCGAACACAUCGCAGAGAAGGAGAUAUUGUACCUUUCACUCAACCAAUAUUGUAAUGAGAAAUCUUUGUGGGAGUUCAUGAGUGAUCUGGCAAAAGAAAGAAAUUAUAAAGAACAAGCCACAUUCUUCUCUGCAACAUCUGAGAAAAAAGAUGAAAAGAUCAAAAGGUUUCUAGGGUUUUUUAAUUUCAAAGUUGUUUGCUUUGACAAUGCAGAUUGUAAUGAUGGUUUAGUGGAAUCUUUCUUGGAACAUCUUGUGUGUAGUAAGAUCAAGACUUUUAUCAUUGGCACACAAACCAGACAGAUUCAAACUAAUGAACAAGUUAGUACGAUAGAGGUGAGAGGUCUCAACUUGUCAACUGCUCAAGAAUUGUUCAAAAAACUUUGCCCUUCAUGUGCCUAUGAAGACGGACAGAUUUCAAGCUUAUGUGGAAUCCUCAAAUAUAACCCGAUUGCCAUCAACUUCUUCUGUGCUUUAGUAAAUUCACACAAACUUGAUGCAACUCAACUACAGCUGUCCAAAGGUGAAAGACAGGUUGACAUGUUUGCACUAGAUUGGAUAUUAGAUUACAUCAAGCAAUCUUUGGGGCCAUCAUAUAUCAGCAUCUUGUAUCAACUGUGUCACCUUCGAAGACCACUCCCAAUGACAGAGGUAACACCAGAGAUUAGUAAACUCAUGGAGCUGAAUCUACUGACAGUCAAGAAAGAAGGAAGUGUGAAUUUUAUUGCCAUUGAUUUAUGCCUGCAGAAGCACUUGUCUCACAGAAAAGACAAUAAGACUGCAAAGGACACUGUAAAUGAAACUGCAGACUUUAGUGUCCUGGAAUGCUGGCUUUCUUUAGUUUCUAAUAAACUUCAGAGGUUGGUUCAAGAUGCUGAGGAAAAUGCAUGGCCUUUUGUUCCUGAAAAAUGGCAGUUCAUCCAAAAUGUAGGCAAAGAGGAAAACUACAAUGUCAAGGAACUUCUCACUUCAAGGAACAUACAUGUUGGUUUUCUUACAGAACUGCAAAUACUUCAAGAAUGUUUGUAUCAUGCAUAUGUAGAAGAAAACUUCAAGAAAAUGGCUGCGUUAGUGUUGGUUCUUGACAGGUUCCUGUACUGGCAGGGGGAGGGAAAGAUUGCAAUGGACAUUGUUGAUCAUAUCCAAAGUAGAAGUCCGCAAACUGCUAUUGCACCUCAGCUUGUCAUUAGAAGGGUCAGGUUCAUGAAAAGUAAUGGAAGUCUUCAAGAAGCAGAAGAAACCCUGAAUAGACUGUUGCAGGCCAAGUCAAGGAUUGGCCAAUGGAAAUACAGGAAGGAAGAUGACUUCCAUCUUGUAUCUGGUGUUUGCGUGCAAAUCAAAGGGGAAAUCCAAUACCGUCUUGGACUCUGGUCAAAAGGCGCUGCCCUUCUGAUACAAUCAUUGGGGUUUUUUGGAUCUCUUCCACAACCAGACAAAAAGGGUCUCGCUUCCAGCUAUGGCCUCUUGAGUUUGUGUCUUCGUAACAUGACCGUCCAAGACUAUGCUGUUUUGGCGCAGACCUUUGGCCUUUUCCAAUGCCAUCCAUUGCUUGCUGCCUACUUCAGUGGACAAGAAGCUGCCAAAAUGUCUGUGUAUGCCCCUAUGUUGUUUCUUCGAAACAUAUGCCAAGCAGGAGAGGUUUUGCUGGAGUUUCUCAACCUCAUCCCUGACAAGAACGAGAAACAGCAUCUUCUGAAAAUCGCCAUUGAAGACCUAAAAGACAGCAUACAAGCCCAUCAAUCAUACGCUUCACUCACGAGCAGAGAACAGUUUUACCUUCUAGUAUGUGCCGUGUAUAAGAUAAGUCUUGCCCUCUUCCAGAUUGGUUCCAAUGAGGACAAGGAAAAAGGGAUGAAGCUCAAGGACUUAUCUACAGAACUGUACGAACACUACUGCUCGUCUAGUGAUCGUGUAUCAAUCACUAAAACAGUGAUUGGGGUGGUCGAUCAGUGUCUCAGUCUCCUGGGAUUACAAGCGUUUUCACAAGAUAACUUGGCAAAUGCUGGUGAAGUUCUGGUGAACUACUUCAAAAUGCGCAAAACCAUGCGUCAGAGACAAAAUACUAGUUUAUCGAGUGUCGGGUUUUUUGACAACCUGGUCAAACCUGAUGUACUAUCUGUACCUAGGGUAUCUAAACAGAAUCAGAGAAAUCAAGAUUUGAAGAAGACAGUUGAUCAAUGCACGGGUACAGCAGAGAUACAAGAAGAACAACAAGUGCAUCAAGAUCAAGCACUGGACGGGACAGUUGAUCAAUGCACGGGUACAGCAGAGAUACAAGAAGAACAACAAGUGCAUCAAGAUCAAGCACUGGAUGGGACAGUUGAUCGAUGCACGGGUACAGCAGAGAUACAAGAAGAACAACAAGUGCAUCAAGAUCAAACACUGGACGGGACAGUUGAUCGACACACAGGUACAGCAGAGAUACAAGAAGAACAACAAGUGCAUCAAGAUCAAACACUGGAUGGGACAGUUGAUCAAUGCACAGGUACAGCAGAGAUACAAGAAGAACAGCAAGUGCAUCAAGAUCAAACACUGGAUGGGACAGUUGAUCGAUGCACAGGUAUAGCAGAGAUACAAGAAGAACAGCGAGAACACCAAACACUUCCCAAGCUUCCAGAGCAGUCAAUUUUCCAAACAGUAGACCAGCCUGCACAAACUAACAUAAACGCAAUGGAAGAAGGAGGACAAGAAAUCGUUGUGCAAAGCCUAGCCGACGAAGCAGCGAAUUUGCCAUGGAAAACCAUGGAACCGUUGACAGCAGACAAACGUUUAGUGGGACAGCAGAAAACAGCGAACGUUAAAGCAAAUCGAGUAAAAGAUGGCACACUCUGGAAGUACGACUAUCCAUCCAGCCAGUGGAGAGGACAGUCAACGAUGGUGUACAUUGGAGACCAACUGAAACUUGCCAAGGGGAAAGAAGGAAAACAAAGAGACGUGUACACUGUUGAAUUUAUCAACCAAGAUGAACAAUUGGGAAGGUAUGUGGCCAAGCGUUACCGUAAGUCUAAGUACCAGACAAUGCAACAGUACCAAAAUGACGUACUGAGUCAGAUGACUGCCAAGCAGUAUGUUGCUUUGUUCAACCAACAGCUCUACCAAAAAGCUGCAGGUGCUCCAGUAGGUGAUAUCCAGUUCUUACCAGUCGUCCUUCUUCAACUAGUUAACUCCAAUGGCCAAACUGAAAUCUUCAACGCUGAGCCCUACAUGUCAGGGGAAUUCAUCAAACUCACCAACAACACUGACUGGAUAAACAAACACAGACGAACUGAUCUGGUUCUGGCAUACAGUCACUUCACUUACCAAGCAUCUGAUGGCAAACUUAUUAUUGUGGACAUACAAGGCUGGGCACCUCUUGAUAAUCAAGGGUGCACUUUCUUAACAGAUCCACAGAUUCAUUCAACUGUUUACAAGUGCUUUGGAACUGGAAAUUUUGGAAAAGAAGGAUAUGAUAAUUUUUGGAAAAUGCAUUCAGAAUGUAACCAAAUUUGUAAGAUGCUAAAAUUGAAGAGACCUUUUAACAAAUAGAUUUUUAAAACCUUUUUAAAUGUCCACCCAAUGGCAAUCACUGUCUGUGGGGGGACUGGAUAUCCAUGAGAUACCUUUUUAUAUGGAAACUACUUAGGAUUUUAAUAUUAAAAAAAGCUAAUCAGCUAAUCUAUUACCCCAAUUCCCAUUUAUAGUUAAAUAUAUAUGAUGUAAAUGUAGAGGAAGGAUCAAGGAUUAGUUAAGGUUGGUGGGUUGUGGGUUGUAUGGAAAAUUCUGAUUAUACUCCCGUUACCUAAUAUUAUCUGAAGAAUUGUGUCAUUUCUCAUUAUAAAAGUACAUUUUAUGAUUAAAUCCAACUACUUUCUCUGCC